AUUGAACGAUUGCAAUUGUCUGCGAACCUAUGUUUCGCCCUCAGAAAUACUAUGUCGAGCCUGAAAAAUCUGUUGAACCCAAAAGAUGACUCUGCAGACUUGUAUCAUUCAACAACCAGACAACCUAUUUCCGCGAGCUCCUCCUCUCCCACCUCAGACGACAGCGUCAACGCAACAAUAGAAUCUCCCCAAUACGAUCCACCAUACAAAGAGCAUGCUCCUCACCCCAAUUGUCCCGACACUUUAGCCUGUCUUCCAGAUACGGAUGGGCGACCCCAGCACACUCUUCCAGUGAUCUUGCGCUGUGCAAUCCUUGGCAGUGCACGGAGACGUCUCACCAUUCGCGAGAUAUAUGCUGCCAUGGAGGAAAAAUAUUUGUAUUUCAGGACUGCUGGGCCGACAUGGAAGCAAUCUGUCCGCCAUCACCUGUCUUUGAAUAGAUUAUUUGAAAAACAGCCUCGUCCUGUCACAGAUCCUGGCUUCGGUUCUUACUGGACAGUAAAUCUUUCUGCUCCCCCAGGCACCAAGCGGCCACGGAAGCGGGGAAGACCUACAAAGGCUGCCGAGGAUCCAUCCAACUCCACUCAGCAGAAGAAACGGGGUCGACCUCGAAAAUCUAUUGAUCUGUCAUCUCCCCUGAGCUCGCUGGCUGUGGGCUCGGGACGUUCGAUUCCGUCGUGCAACAUUUCCGCCGUACGCACCAGGGGAAAUGACCAUGAUGAUGGAAAUGGCGAGGAUGAUAUGGAUCUAGGUGCGGACGUACACGAGAUAAGUGAUGAUGAAUAUGAGAGCGAGGAAGAUAUGGUUAUUCCCCCUCAUCAGUCAUCCUUUGCCGGACUUGGCGCUUUUGGACUAAACGAGGCCCCUUCUCGUUUGCUGAGCCCCUCUAUAUCCCGUGCGCUGAUUACCCACUCCGACGAAAAUCUCGUGGACCGAUUGCAGAUUGAAAUGGCGGGAUUGCGCAGGCAGUCUGCAGAUGCGAUAUCUGUUUCGGUAAAGAUAUCAGAUCAGCUAGCGGAAGCUCAGGCUGAGGCAGCUAGAGCGAAGACUGCUCUCAGAACAGUCGAGGCGAUGCUGGAGGGGGAGGUUAUAAAGAGGAGGGAAGCUGAAUAUUUAGCAGACCAGGAAGCAAAGUUGAGGCGAGCAGCAGAGGACACGAUUGCACGCAUGCAAAGUCAGUGGCAGGCUGAGCAUCGAGCUACAUAAGUAGCACAUUUCAGAUCACUAGCACCAACUUGAAAGCCGAACUCCUCGUCUACUCAUUUUUCCUUGAGCACUGGAGUUUCCUUCUCCAGUUUUCAGCCACUUUGCACUAGGACUCAUAAAUGGACUCAACAUAUUCUACGAAUCUUCUCUACUUUCUCAAUUCAUUGGUGCACAUGAGUAUUAGUCCGAACAUGUAUAUAUAUGCCGCUUGCGAUGGACGAGUAGUUCGAAA